AUGUAUAUUACAUACGUCAGAAAUUCUAAAUUUAUUUACGGGAAUAGCAUCGCGAAAAACAAUUUGAUGAAGAAUGGUCUGUUGGAAGUGUACUCGUUGCAGCUAGAGGAAGCCUAUAGGCAUGCGUUCAUUUUCAUCAGACAGCUAGCUAUUGCUGUUCGCAAAGCUUUUCUUCAUGCCGGCAAGGAGGAAUGCCGUUCAGUCUAUAAUUGGCAAUUUAUCUGCAGUCUAAAAUUUUGGUGCGAAUUUGUGGCUCAGAGAUCUUCUAAUGAUCUUAUCAAGACGUUGAUUCACCCCCUAACUCAGGUUAUUUUGGGAGCAGUAAGGUUGAGUCCCGGUAGCCGUUGGAUCCCAUUGCGAUUUCACUGCGUAGAAUGCCUUCAUGUGCUAGCUGGUGUUGACAAACGAUUGCGUAACGUUGAAACCCAAGAAGGAAAAGCUUUAACUAGGACAGUUCUUGUUCCCAGCAUUCCUCUUCUCCUUGAUGUUUUCCAGCUGGUCGAUUUUAAUAAGCGUGCCAGCUCUGCAUCCAAGUACGUUUCCAUAACACUUAAUUGUUAUAAUCUUACGAACACCAGAAUGCAGCAAAAAGUGGCUUUGAUAGGAAGGCUGGUCAGCUCAACAUUCCUUCCACUCAACCGUGCCCAUAUUUCCAAAACCACAUUGUUGCAUUUAAGGGCCCCCAUGGAUUUGCGUCUCAUGCUGCAUUUUUCGCAAUCACAACGCAAGGAAACAGCCUAUUUGGAUGCAGUAGUUUCUUGGCUCCAUGACCUUCUCACCGAGUCCCUGUGUCUUUAUUCAAAUUCCGUUGCUUUUCCUGAGUAUGCUGCUCCCGCUAUAUCUGAGAUAAAAGCCUUCUUGAAAUCCUGUCGGGUCGCAGCUUUCGCUAGAAAUUUUAAGUCUCUCCUAACCAAAGCCAUUGAACACGUCGAUUUUGUGAAAAGGAAGCGAUCAUCUAUCAAAAGCCUAAUGGAUUCGAAUGCCAUAGCCAAUCUUGAGUCGGCUCUCGGUCAGCUGGACUCUCCUCUUCUCGCGUACUAUCUGGUACACCGAAGUGUCCGUUCCCACGAACUUGCCGUCCUCACUGAACGCUUCAAGUAUGAGGGCGAAGAACACAUGAAGGCUGGGGAUGGCUUUGAAGACGAGACGAGGGCGAGCGCAGAGCGCAGCAAGAGGAGGCGUGCAGGCGGUUCCGGCUCUGAUGAUGACGAUGAUGAUGGCGAUGAAUCUGACAGUAAUGCCUCCUACGACAUGGACGAUGGUACCACGGUGGCUCAUGUCUCGCGUUCGGAGAAAACGGCCAAAUCAGAAGACGAGGAGGACUCAGAUGACGGUGCAUUUGAUCUGGACGCUGCGCUAAACGAAGAUUCAGGUGAAGAAGAUGCAGUUGAGGAUGACGAGGUCAAGGACUUUCGCAUAGACGAUUUCGACGACAGUGACAGCGGUGACGAAGGCGGUAGUAGUCGACGCGAACGGAUCAUGCGAGAAGAUCCAGAUCUUGGCGCAAUGGCUGAUGAGGUGGACAGCGGAGAGGAUGUGACAAUGGGCUCCAUGCAAUCUGAUAGCGAUGCAGAACCUGUGGUUACUCCUAAAUCGUCAAAAUUGCUCCGAUUGGACGACGGAAAAUCGAAUGUCUCCAAGGCAGGAAAGAAACUCAAAGUAAAAGCGGGGACUGGUGCUCAACUGUCUUCGAAUGGAAGCGGGAAGAAACGAAAAAAGGCAAAGAACAUCGAAGAAAAUGCUACCUUACCCAAAAAACAACGUCUCCAUAGGAGCCUAAACGCAGUCCGUGGUCCCCACAACGGCCAGAAAGUGGACUUGGAUUCAGACGAGGACGAACCAGGACAGACACACUCGGUGCCGCCACAGACACAUUCGGUUCGCGGUGGAGAGCGUUCGCUUUCCCUGAAGGAGAAGAAAAACGCGAACAAAAAGCGUCAUCGUCGUCGGAAGGGAACAACUUAG